AGACAUUGUUAUCUUACAUCAAGGAAACAAAUUCAAAGUUGAGUGAAGGCCUGACUGAAGAAGAGGAUCUUGCCAUGUCCAGUGAUGUUAACAGGGAGGCCGUAUUCCAGGCGACAAAGGUUCGAACCCAUUUGAAACAAGAUGGAAGCUGGAUCAACAGAUCUCAAAAUGUUGAGGACACACAGUCAGAUGUAAAAGCACGUAAACCAGUAAAGCUAGGAAAACCUAAAAAUGUGUCAUCACCUGAGAGCAGUUCGGUCUCUUCCUCCAUCAUGCCAUGUGCAGAGAGUACCGCCACCACCUCCUCCAGCCUGGACUCGUCCACACCCCCUCAAAGCUCUUCUGUCAUGUCAGCCUUAAGGAAGUUUGAUGCACAUCCUGUCCUUGAGGACUCCAGAAGAGCACAUGUAGAGAAAGCAGUGGAGCCAUCCAUAGUCAAAGCCACAGAGCAACCACUGAAGACACCAGCAGAUGCUUCUGUAAAGGACAUAGUGGAAAAACCAAUUGCCAUACUUGCAGAGGAACCAUUGAAGACAUAUGCAGAUGUUUCUGUAAAGGACAUAAUGGAGAAACCUAUAGCUAAACCUUUAGAGGAACCGAUGAAGACGCAUGCAGACGCUCCUAAAUUGGAUGUAGUGGAGAAACCUAUAGUUAAACCUAUAAAGGAACCAUUGAAGACGCAUGCAGACGCUCCUAAAUUGGAUGUAGUGGAGAAAACUAUAGUUAAACCUGUAGAGGUACCAUUGAAGACACAUGCAGACAUUCCUAAAACGGAUGUAGUGGAGAAACCUAUAGAGGAGCCAUUGAAGACGCAUGCAGACGCUCCCAAAUUGGAUGUAGUGGAGAAACCUAUAGUUAAACCUAUAGAGGAACCAUUGAAGACACAUGCAGACACUCCUAAAACGGACAUAGUGGAGAAACCUGUUGAAGAACCACUGAAGACGCAUGCUUACACUCCUAAAAUGUAUGUAGUGGACAAUAUAGUUAAACCUGUAGAGGAACCACUGGAGACACCUACAGAUGUUCCUGUAAAGAACAUAGUGGAGAACCCUGCAGAGGAAUCACUGAAGACACACACAGAGACUCCUGUAGAGGGAACAAGGAAGACGCCUGUAGAUGGAGCUUCAACAGAUCAAACACUAUCCAGUGGAGUGCUGCAGGAGAAAGCAGUCAAAACCCUACAUGAGAACCCAGCAAAACCUUCAGGUACACUGACUACAGAGAAUCAAGAAGAUGAUACAGUUGAACAAGUCUCAAUAGCACAUGCACCUGUAGUUGAGGCUCCAUUCGAACCCAGACAAGCAGAAAACCAGCCUACAAGUGAACAUGGGGAACUUUCACUAGUAUCUGCUCUGGAAAUUCCAACUACAGAGUCAUCAACUAGAUCAACUACAGAACCGACCGAAGAACCCCGUGUGGCAGCCCUGGAAGAGAACCACAGACUGAACAGUCAAGCUGAAUUGAAUGUCAAAGGUAAAACCAUGUGUUCCUUCUGCAAGCUGCCCAUAGAUGGAAAUGUGAAAAUCUCCAUCAACAUUCCUGCCAUUUGCUGCCAUCCAGAUUGUUUCAAGUGUAAUGGUUGCAGCAGUCCUCUGGAUGAUCUCUCUUCAUCUAUGUACCACUAUGCUGGGGAAAUCCUCUGCGAGAAAUGCUUUGAUCAAAUCUUCCAGCUCUGAUGACUCAUCCUACUGCAACCUACUCCACAACAACUUAUCACCAUGACACCCAAGCACAUCUCAGUGUCUACCAGCAAGUUUGCUGUAAUUCAGCACUAAUAAAAAAAAAAAAUCAGUCUUUAUCAGUAGAGGAACUGCUGUCGUAGGUUUAUUGCACAUAAAUUCAACACAAAUUUUCAGUAAAUGGUCGUGCUGUGUGUGCAUGUCUUCCUAUAUACUGACAAAACUCCCCAUGAGGUUUAAUAAAGUAUUUCUCUCUUUCUGAUCAAUAUAUUCCUUGUCGUC